AUGUCUACGGCAACUGCUUCUACGCCUACAUCAUUACCUACAACUACUUCAUGCUUGGCGUCUUCUGGCGCCAGCACCUCGCCACAGCCAACGUCUGUGGCUUCAGCGGUAGCUGCAGCAGCAGCAGCCGUAGCUGCGAACUCACAAUCAUCGCCCUUCGGCCACUUCAGCUAUCUAUUUCCACAGCAGCAGUUCGCUUUUCAUCAUCAACAGCAGCAGAGACUGAAGCUCAAACGUCAACGUCAACGGGUCGACGCUGGUGAACCGAGAAACAGCUACCAAGGAGCAAAAACAGGAAUGACCUCUUCGGAAUCUUUAUCUGGAUUGUUUCCAUGGAUGAGCCAAACAGACGUCGACUAUGUAAAAGAAGAAUCGAACACAGACCUGUCGUCUAACAAUGAGCAGAUGCUCGAAAUAGCUGAUACAUCAGAUGAAUUGGAAUUACAGUUGGAUGUCGAAAAUACAGAUGACAGGGACGACUCGGAAUUGACAAAAGAUGAAGAGCCAACUCAUGAUUCUCCCGUCAGUACAACAGACAGUACACACUCUGGAUCGUCUUCCACAACUUCUACUUCAUCAUCAAAACGUAAACAGAAUGCUCCUCAACGUAAUUUGGCCGAGUCGUUGGGAUUUGAUAUUGGAACACAAGAAACCCCAGAAGAGAUCACUGUUAGUGUUGGAGGUCAACAUGCUGAUUCCCCUCCACCUGAGGAUAUGCCAUUGCGUGAACGAGCAGAAAAUCGUCAAGAUUUAGACUCGAUGAAUCCCUUGGAGAAGCUAUCAGCACUCCAAUCUCAACUAAACACUCCCAUCUUGAGUGAUAUGAUGGAUGCUCAGAAGAGAAUGUUCAAUCUCAUCGAGCAACAGCAACAACAAAUUAAGCAAGAAAAACGACCACCAAUUCGUGAUUUCAACCAGUUGGCUCAAGCUCUGAAAAAUGAAAUUUCCGAGAACCUUUCAGUCGUUAUUGAUAAAAUUGUGAAAGACUGGGCAGCCGAAAUGGCUCGUAAUGCUGCUGCUGAUGUAGCCAAUCGUCAACCAAUCAAUAAUAUGUUCGUACCGUUUGCUCAGCCAAACCCUCUUUUUGGUUUAAAUGCUACCGGAGCUUCAGGCAUCUUCCCUAAUUUCAAUGGAUUCAAUCCUCUUGCUGCUUUCAAUCAGCUUCGUCGACCAUACAGCAGUUCCGGUAUGUUAGAUGAUGAAGGUGCAAGUCGCCGUAAAAGAGCCAAGUUAUCAUUGAAGGUGACGGACAGCGUUCGUAAAGUCAAUGGCGGUACACCAGUGAGAGCUGAAUCUCCAAGUAGCUUACGUAGUAGUCCGCAGCUCAAUAUGUCACAAUCUACUCCUAUGAGCUAUUUCCCUCCUACCAUGGUUGGCCAUCCCCUCUACGGAGGAGCAACUUUUGGUGAUCGCGAAGACAGUCCAACCAAUUCUGAUGAUAACAGUGACUGUGGUCCAUACGAUGGAAAUCAGAGUUCAACUCUCACACCCAUGCAUCUACGAAAAGCCAAACUCAUGUUUUUCUACACUCGAUACCCGAAUUCAGCCUUGCUCAAAUCAUAUUUCCCUGAUAUACGAUUCAACAAGAACAACACCGCCCAGCUGGUCAAGUGGUUCAGUAACUUUAGAGAAUUUUAUUACAUUCAAAUGGAGAAAUAUGCUAGACAAGCAUUAGCUGAAGGUGUUCGUUCCCGCGACGAGAUUCACGUUACCAUGGAUUCUGAAAUCUUCAAAACUUUAAAUCAACACUACAAUAGAAAUAAUCAUAUCCAGCCUCCUGAGCGACUCGUUUCUGUGGUGCAGGAAUCCUUAAGAGAAUUCUUUGACGCCAUCCGAACAGGAAAGGAUUCGGAGCCUUCAUGGAAAAAGACUAUUUAUAAAAUAAUUAAUAGAAUGGACGAUCAAAUCCCUGACUAUUUCAAAGAGCCUAACUUUCUUGAACGCCUCGAAUAG